AUGGAUUGCAAAAAGUGUCUUCUUCCUGUCACAAAAGAUCAGCCAUCCAUAUUCUGCAAUGCAUUCGCGCUGGAGCCGAAAUGUGCAUUACAUCGUGACGUCGAAGAACUGAAGGCAAAAGUUGAAACAAUUAUGUCUCUACUUGCUCCGAAUGUAAAAUGUUCUGCGAAUAGUGCCAUACAGCAUUCAACUCCUAAAACAUCACCGAAAUUUUCUAAUACAGCACCAUAUGUAUCAAGCGCCCGCAUAGAGUCAUUCGUUCCUGAUGCUUCGAGUCGAUCAUUCACUUCUACGAACAUGGAAGAGAGUUUCGCAAUGGUACUUACGAAUAUUGAUGGCAGUGUUUCGGAAAAAGACGUACAGGUGAUGGUUACAAGAUGUUUGGGUGCUUGUGACAAAGAACGUGUCAAUGUAAGAAAACUGGUUCCGCGAUGGGUGGACAGUAACACGCUGGACUAUAUCUCUUUCAAAAUUGUUCUGGACACAAAAUGGAAAUCUGCUGCUCUAACGUCAACUACAUGGCCAAAAAAUGUUAAAUUUCGAGAGUUCCGACAAAACCUGUGCACAUGGAAACCUGAUAUUAUAUGCUAGUUUUGUAAUCAAAUAUUAUACGUUGACAUGCUUUAUGUUUUAAUUUGUAUUAUUUUCUUUUGUUAUUGUUGUGUGCUAAAUACCAUUACGAAAUAUGUUGAUUGUGAUUUUAUGUUAUGUGCAAGCAGUUAUUUUACGUCCAAUGUUAC